AUGGCCGAGCCGCGCUCCAAGCGGCCCCGCGGGAUGCUGCCCGCCUGCCCGGCGCACCGCCCGCUGCCCGGCAGCCGCGUGAGGCAGGGCUUCCCGCCCGCCGUGGAGGAAGGCCUCUGCGGCGUCACCGGCGCCCUGCUCGAGCUCUCCUACUGCCUCCAGGCGCUGGGUGAAUUUUUUGAUCAGUCACAUGUGGCCCUACCAAAUGUUUCCAAGUUCUUUCUGCAUCAAGCUGUAGAGGAGAGAAAAGCUGCAGAAGCUUUGAUGAAGUAUCAGCAAGAAAGAGGAGGCCACUACUGCUCUAAAACCAUCCAGAAACCAAACUGUGAGUAUGCAGUCAGUCUGAUGAAAGCCCUGGAAGUAGCGAUGCUCCAGUGGAAAACUAUGACACGGUAUUUUGAAGAGCUUUAUGCCCUGAGCCUUGAAAAUGCAGAUCCUCACAGUGCAAGCAUUAUCAAGAAACAAUUCAUUGAGCCCAAAAUCCGGAAGAUCAAGCUGAUGGGAGAUCUUCUGACCAAUGCUCGCAGGCUUGACUGUUCCCAAGAUGGCAGAAACAGUCUUGGGGAUUACUUUAUGGACCGGUUCCAGAAAGAGCUAAGAACAGGCAUAGACCCAGAGCCUAGUCAGUGCCAUAGCCCCUGCCCACCUCUCCAGCAAUGCACAGGAGCUGCAGAGGGUCUGAAGCGUCCCCAGAGAGAAUCCUUGCAGCACAGGAAUGGUAUAGGGCCAAUAUAUGCAACCAUAUAUUGCACUGCUGCAGUGCCACAGUGCAAUGAUGGGACAGGAGCAAAAGUGAAGCAGGGCAGGGAGGGACUGUAACACUAUGGCUGUUACAGCUAUGGAGCAGCUCCUAAGGCAGAUCUUUAGAGGGUGGCCUUGAGACUAGCACUCAGGAGACAAAAUGGGUUACUCCUGUAUCACUCUCCCUUCUUUGCACCCUGUCGCUCAUCCUCUGAUGAAGCAAAGUUCAAAGUCUACCCAUGCAAUUGUUUAAAUCAUAGUGUGAUGCCAACAACAUGGGUAACUAGCAGUCUAUCACAGUUAUCUAUGCAAUUCUUACCAUAAAAGAUGGCUCCGUGUAGAAACCAAAGGCCUUUAGGCCUCUCUUCUGGCUUAAAAGACCAUUAAUUAAUGCCAGUUAUUUUUAACAGUGUAUAAAACCUUUUAUAAAAAAAUACUUUAGUACAAGGUAACUUCUAUGUGUGGGGGGGAAUCCAAAGAUUAAGUUUUAUAUUAGUAUGGCAACAUUACAGAUUUUUUAAAAUGCUUGUUUUAAAACAAGAUAGAUUUCUUGUUGUCUUUCUAUCAUAGUAGGAACUUAAUUCAUAUGAAAAAAGCUAGUUUAUAGGUAAAUAUUCCUUCAAUAUGAAGGAUACUAACUCUUUCUCAAUGUGGGAAUAAGAAAGUGCUGUUUUUCUCACUGCAGUUACUUGCCUUGUUGCCUUCUCUAAUCCUCAAAGAGAGGAUGAAAUAAAUUAGGGGUUUUCAUUAGAUAUGGUCCUCACAGAUUCUAUUUUACAAGUGUCCCUAAAGGCACUAGCUCUAGCACUUUGUCCAGAUGUAGCCUAGAAUAGUUAUCUUAAUUACCACAAAAAUCCCCAUUUCAGCAAGAAACAGUAUGGUAUUACUGUGGUACUACUGCCAGUUUUCUGUAUUCCCUCUCUUGGCUCCAGGUGGAUGAAUAACAUCCUAGUAAAAGUGCAGCACACUCAGCUAAAACUGCAUUACAGAAGUGGCCUCCCAUUAAUUUUGUAUUUCAAUUAGGAGAGCAUUCACACUGUCAAACUUACAGCCUUUGCUUUAGCCAGCUGGAUUAAAGAUCAGAGGAGUCUAAAUUCCUUCCCGUCAGUCCCUACAGGAGUGCCUCUCUCUCCACUGACUAACAAGGUAACUGAGGAAGAGCAACUGGCUAAAUCAGCUGCCUGGAACUAGGAUCUUAAAUCAGUAUAUAUCACAGCUUUUAAGCAUGGGGGUUGCUCCAUUGAAAGAUUAAUUCAAACUUUUAUGUAACACUGUAAUCAAUAUUUCUAUUGUUAAAUUUGAAAAUAAAUUCAAUUCAACAAAAUAA